CCUUCCCACACUAACCAUCGAGCGACCAUCACAAUCAGGCGUGCCAAACUUCAAAUAUGAGUUCAACAAGUCUCUCUCACGACAAGAGAAAGAGAAGAAAACGUUCACCCAGUACUAGUGCUGAUAGCAGCGACCAUUCUAAUGAUAGAAAUGCUGGUGGAAUGAGGAGAGCUCGUGACAGUAAGAAAAGGAGCCGCAGAGAUAACUCAAGUGAUGAGUCAGACUCUGGGAGAGAGAAAGUUAGAGAUAGAGGGAGGAAGAAGGGAAAGAGAGGCAGGAGAUCGAGAUCGAGAUCGAGGUCUCCACAGAGGCGAGAGCAGAGGAGACGAAGUCGAGAACGUACCAGACGAAGAUCUAGAAGUUAUGAGAGACAAGACAAAAGCAGAAGCCACACUUCGAAACAGAAAUCAAGAGACAACAGAAUGAGAAGCAUAUCUCCUCAGAGACAAACAAAGAAAGACAAGCAAAGAGACAAGCCUAUCGUUCAGAUUGUCUCUGCUGUUGUCUCGAAAACGAAACGGAAGCCUGUGAGUGAGACCAGCAAUGAAACAGACGUGACAAGCAGUAAUGCUUUGACACGAGAGGCAGAGAAGGCAACAGAACAAAAGCAAUUGGAAGAAGAAAUGCGGAAACGUCGAGAAAGGGUUGAAGCAUGGCGUGCAGCUCGACGUACAACAGAACAAGGAGAAUCAUCACAAGCAGACGAGACAAAUGAAGGAGAAAAUGGAGAGAACGAUGAACAACCACAGAAAAAGGGCUGGACUCUUGAUGAUGAUGAAGACGAUGACGAAGCUGUGGAAUUACCACUAGAGGAGGAAGAGGAAGAGGAAGAGGAAAGGAAGGAAGAGGAAAGGAAGGAAGAGGAAAGGAAGGAAGCGAUGGUCGCAGAGGAAGAAGUUGAUCCACUUGAUGCUUUUAUGGCCGGAAUGAAAAACAAUCAUACGGUCUACGACAAAUCAAAGAAGAAGUCAACUAACUCAACAGAGGGUCAGACAGUGAAGGCCACCGUCAUCACAGCAACACGACAAACAACAAAACCAGUUACUUUGAAGAGUGGACGAGGAGAAUUAAUGGAAACAAACCCAGAUGCAAUGGAGUAUUCAUCAGAAGAAGAAACACCUGAUCUUGCCGCCACGAUAGCAAGCUUGGGUCCAAAGCCAAAGAAAAAGGAGCUUCCAACAGUUGACCACACAAAAGUGGAAUACGAUACGUUUAGAAAGAAUUUCUAUGUUGAGGUGCCGGAGCUUGCAAAGUUGACUGAUGAAGAGGUGAAUGUAAUAAGGGAAAAUUCAGAGAAUAUUACCAUCAAGGGCAAGACUUGUCCAAAGCCAAUCAGAUCGUUUGCUCAGUCAGGAGUAAACUCCAAGGUGUUGGAUGUUUUGAAAAAGAACAGCUAUGAGAAACCAACUCCUAUUCAAAUGCAAGCAAUUCCUGCUAUCAUGUCAGGCCAAGAUCUCAUCGGCAUUGCAAAGACGGGCAGCGGAAAGACUUUGGCUUUUCUACUGCCAAUGUUUAGGCACGUGUUGGAUCAGCCGCGUAUAGAAUCAGGAGAUGGACCAAUUGGUCUAGUUAUGGCUCCUACACGAGAAUUAGCAAUUCAAAUAUACAACGAAUGUCGGAAGUUUUGCAAAGUGGUUAAACUGAGGGCCGUAUGUGUAUACGGAGGGACAGGAAUCAGUGAACAGAUUGCUGAUCUAAAACGUGGCGGUGAGAUCGUUGUAUGCACUCCCGGACGCAUGAUUGACAUGCUUGCUGCCAACAAUGGACGAGUUACGAAUACACGACGAACGACGUAUCUCGUCUUAGAUGAAGCAGACAGAAUGUUUGAUUUAGGAUUUGAACCACAAGUUACUCGUAUUGUUCAAAUGUGUCGACCUGAUCGACAGACUGUCAUGUUUUCUGCCACAUUUCCCAGACAAAUGGAAGCAUUGGCUCGAAAAAUUCUCACAAAACCUGUAGAGGUUCAAGUGGGAGGUCGUAGUGUCGUCUGCAAAGAUGUGGAGCAAUCUGUUGUUAUCAUUGAGGAGAGUAUGAAGUUUAAGAAACUAUUGGAACUGUUAGGUCUUUAUCAGGAGCAAGGAAGUGUUUUGGUGUUUGUGGAGAAGCAAGAUGCGGCCGACAUUCUACUGAAAGAGCUAAUUAGACACGGAUAUCCUUGUUUAUCGCUGCACGGAGGAAUGGAUCAGUUUGAUAGAGAUAGUACGAUAUCGGAUUUCAAGAACGCAGUGACAAAACUUUUGGUUGCUACUUCAGUUGCAGCUCGUGGUCUUGACAUUCGACAUUUGAUUCUUGUUAUCAACUACGACUGUCCAAAUCAUUACGAAGACUACGUCCAUCGAUGUGGUCGAACAGGUCGUGCUGGCAACAAGGGAUACUCAUGUACGUUCUUGACUCCAUAUCAAGGUCGAUAUGCUGGUGACAUCAUGAGAGCUCUUGAGCAGUCAGGCACACCUGUACCUGAAGAACUCGAGAGUUUGUGGCAGGAAUUUGCAAGUCAACAGGCAGCUAUGGGAAUCAAGGUAAGCAAGGAACAAAGCAAAGGAUUCAGUGGCAAAGGUUAUAAGUUUGAUGAGAAAGAAGAAGUGAAGAAGAAUGAAGAAAGGAAAAUGCAGAAGUCGGCUCUUGGUCUUCAAGAUUCCGAUGAUGAAGCUGAAGAGGCAGAAGAGCUGGAGAAGAAACUAGAGACGAUAUUUUCAAACAAACCAAAGAAAGUGGAACUUGGAAACUUUGUAUUGCCUUCAGCUCUACAACCACAACCAGCGUUAUCUAAAUCAGCAGCAAUGAAGAAAGCUGCUGCUAUUGCUGGUAAGCUAAGUAAGAAGCUGUCGUCGGGACCUGGGGAAGACAAUAUGGAUGUUGAAUUUACUGAGUCACAGCAGGCUGUGAGCCGAGUGAUGAAGGGAGAGUCUGUCAAUGCAGUCGUAUCAGUUAGUAGUUACUGUAUUUGUCACGUUGAUUGAUGUGUAUGUAUGUGUUUGUGUGUGUGUGUGUGUGUGUGUGUGUGUGUGUGUGUUUGUGUUUAUUUUUCUGUCUGUUUGUCUGUUUGUUGAUUGGUUUGUCUGUUUGUUUGUUUGUCUGUCUGUUUGUCUAACCAUUUGUCUGUCUAUGUGUUUGUCUAUCUAUCUGUCUGUCUGUCUGCCUGUCUAUCAGUCUGUCUUUCUGUGUCUGUUUGUCUGUCUAUCUGUCUGCCCGUGUGUCCGU